UAUCGUGAUAUUGGUUGGACUUCAAGCUCUCUGUGAAUCUUCAAAUCUUACCCCGAAAAUGGAAAACAUGGUGGGGGCCUUCCCGGGCCCUUUCGGCUGUUGCUGAUGGCAGGAGCCAAGCUCACCUGCAGUCCACUCGCAGCCCUUCAGUGUCAGCUCCGCUCGCGUCGAGCUGGCCAUGGAUGGCGUGGCAGCCGAACAGGAUGGCCCCUUGGAGGACACACCCGGCAGGGGCGCAUCAGCUUCCCCGGAGGCCCCCCUGAAGCCCGGGGGCUCGCCGGCCCUGCCUGACAUGUGGGACAAGGCCCAGAGUGCCGGUGUCGAGGUAAACAGGACUUCCAAGAAAGGAGAAAGCCCGCAUGGACCUGGCCAGGGCGGCCUCUGCCAGAACGGGCCAACGCCGCAGCUCCCAGACCCACCACUGUCUCUCAGUCCCACCACAAGCCCAGUGGUUCCAGAUGCCUCUCCAGGUGUGGCUGGUUUCCAUGACAACCUAAGGAAGUCUCAGGGAACUAGUGCUGAGGGCAGUGUUAGAAAAGAAGCUUUGCAGUCUCUCAGCCUCAGUCUUCCUAUGCAAGAAACGCAACUGUGCUCCACAGAGUCUCCACUGCCCCUGGAGAAGGAGGAGCAGGUCCGACGCCAGGCUCAGAAGCAGCUGGAAGAGCAGCUCAAGCAGUACCGAGUGAAGCGCCAGCAGGAGAGGUCCAGUCAACCUGCAACAAAAGCAAGACUUUUUAGCACACUUGAUCCUGAGCUCAUGUUAAACCCAGAACACUUACCAAGGGCCAAUACGGUGGCUAUGACAAAAGAAUACUCCUUCCUGCGCACCAGUGUCCCUCGUGGGCCCAAGGUGGGCAGCUUAGGGCUCUUGGCACAUCCUAAGGAGAAAAAAAGUUCAAAAUCAAGCAAAAUUCGGUCUCUGGCUGAUUACAGAACUGAAGGUUCAGAUGGUGGGAGCUCUGGUGGAAAUGUUCCGGCUGGCGACUCUCCCAGGGGCGCCCUGAAGCAGAGCGGAAGCAGUGCGUCAGUUGUGUCUGAGAUCAGCCUGCCUCCUGAGACCGAUGACCGUCUGGAGAACGCCUCGCUGACCGGAGACAGCGUGUCCGAGGCUGAUGGGAACGAGAGUGACAGCUCAUCACACAGCAGUCUCUCCACCCGCGGGACCCAUGGCAUUCUGGUGAACACAGCGGGCACACGGGAAGCUCCCUACCUGGUCGACGGCCAGGAGAUGGCUGACGCUCUGGGCCAGUUCCCCUCAAUCAAGGAUGUGCUCCUGGCCGCAGCAGCCGAGCAGCAAGACCAAGGGCAGGAAGUGAACGGAGAGGUGCAGAGCCGGAGAAACAGCAUCUGUAGCAGCGUGUCCAUGGAAAGCUCCGUUGCUGAGACUCAGGACGAAAUGUUGCAGGUUCUCAAAGAAAAAAUGAGACUUGAAGGACAGCUGGAAGCUUUAUCAUUAGAGGCUAGUCAGGCACUUCAAGAAAAGGCUGAGCUGCAGGCCCAGCUGGCCGCCCUGACCACCAGGCUGCAGGUGCAGGUGGAGCACAGCCGCAGCAGCCAGCAGCGGCAGGACUCCCUCAGCUUGGAGGUAGACACCUUGAAGCAGUCCUGCUGGGACCUGGAGCAAGCCAUGACUGACCUGCAGAAUAUGCUGGAAGCCAAAAAUGCCAGCCUGGCAUCCUCCAACAACGACCUGAAGGUAGCGGAGGAGCAGUACCAGAGGCUCAUGGCGAAAGUGGAAGACAUGCAGAGCAACAUCCUCAGCAGGGACAACACAGUGCACGACCUGCGGCAGCAGAUGACCGCCCUGCAGAGCCAGCUCCAGCAGGUGCAGCUGGAGCGCACAACACUGACCAGCAAGCUCAAGGCGUCACAGGCGGAGAUCUCGUCCCUGCAGAACGUCCGGCAGUGGUAUCAGCAGCAGCUCGCCCUGGCGCAGGAGGCCCGUGUCCGGCUGCAGGACGAGAUGGCCCACAUCCAGGUUGGACAGAUGACCCAGGCAGGUCUCCUGGAGCACCUGAAACUCGAGAACGUGUCCCUGUCCCACCAGCUGACAGAGACGCAGCACAGGUCCAUCAAGGAGAAGGAGCGCAUAGCUGUCCAGCUCCAGAGCAUCGAGGCUGACAUGCUGGAUCAGGAGGCGGCCUUUGUGCAGAUCCAGGAGGCGAAGACGAUGGUGGAGGAGGACCUGCAGAGGCGGCUGGAGGAGUUUGAAGAUGAGAGGCAGCGGCUACAGACGGUGGCGGCCUCAGCGGCGUCCCUGGAGCAACAGCUAGAGCAGGUUAGGUUGGCUUUGCAGCAGCGAGACCAGCAGCUGGAGGCUCUGCAGCAGGAGCACUUGGACCUGAUGAAGCAGCUCACCUCGGCACAGGAGACGCUGCAGGCCCGGGAGCAGGCCCUGGGCGACCUGCAGACGCACUACGACGAGCUGCAGGCCCGGCUGGGGGAGCUGGAAGGGGAGGCGGCCUCGAGAGAGGAUGAGGUCCGCUUCCUGCAGAACGAGAAGAUCGUCUUGGAGGUGGCGCUGCAGGCGGCCAAGAGUAGCGAGGAGGAAUUCGACAGAGGAGCAAAACGCCUAGAAGAAGGUGCCGAGGAAACGUCUGGAAUUUUAGAGCAGUUGAGGGAAGACCUGGCCAUCAAGUCCCGCCAGGUGGAGCACCUGCAGCAGGAGACCGCCACGCUGAAAAAGCAGACGCAGAAAGUAAAGGAGCAGUUCAUUCAGCAGAAGGUGAUGGUGGAGGCCUACCGGCGGGACGCCGCCUCCAGAGACCGGCUGGUCAGCGAGCUCAAAACCGCGAAGAAGGGGCUGGACACAGAGGUGAAGGGGCUGAGGCAGGAGCUGAUGAAGCUGCAGGGGGAGAAGAGGGCCACGGAGGCGGAGCACUCGCGCCUGCAGAAGGAGGUGUCCGAGGUCCACCGGCAGAUGGCGGAUCUCGAAGGGCAUCUCCAGUCCGUGCGGAAGGAGCGGGACGAGAUGGAGGCGCAGUUGCAGUCUUUGCAGUUCGAGGAGGGGCAGGUGGCCACCCUUACGGAGGCCAACGAGGUGCUCAAGAAACAAAUCGAGGAGCUGCAGCAAGAAGCCAGGAAGGCCAUCUCAGAGCACGUGUGCAUGGAGAGGAUCCGGGCCCUGGAGGUGGAGCUGCAGGCUGUCGGCCGCAGCAAGGAGCUGCUGGAGAGCGAGCUGCAGGAGGUCAUCGCCACCACCGGCCAGGAGCUGGAGGAGUCUCGGGAGAAGGUGCUGGAGCUGGAGGAUGAGCUCCAGGAAUCGAGAGGCUUCAGGAGGAGGAUCAAGUUCCUGGAGGAGUCGAACAAGAAGUUGGCUCUGGAACUGGAGCACGAGAAGGGGAAGCUCAUGGGCCUGGGGCAGUCCAACGCGGCUCUGCGGGAGCACAACGGCGUCCUGGAGCGAGCGCUGGCCAAGAGGGAGGCAGACCUGGUCCAGUUCAAUCUCCAGGUCCAGGCGGUCUUGGAGCGCAAAGAGAAGGAGGAUCGCCAGAUGAGGCAGCUCGUGCAGGUGCUGCAGGCCUCGCUGGAGAAGGAGAAGGGGAAGGUCAGCAGCCUCAUGGAGCAGGUGGCUGCUGCCAGGGCAGAAGCUGGUCACAGCCGCCGCCACUUCAAGGCGGCCACUUUGGAGCUGAGUGAGGUGAAGAAGGAGCUGCAGGCCAAGGAGCACCUGGUGCAGAAGCUGCAGGCCGAGGCCGACAGCCUCCAGUGUCGGGAGGGGAAACAUUCCCAGGAAGUAGCGCAGUUCCAGGUGGAGCUGGCCGAGGCCCGGACGCAGCUCCAGCUCCUGCAGAAGCAGCUGGAUGAGCAGCUGAGCAAACAGCCCAUGGGAAACCAAGAGGUGGAAAAUCUCAGGUGGGAAGUGGAUCAGAAGGAGAGAGAGAUCCAGUCAUUGAAGCAGCAGCUGGACUUGACGGGGCAGCAGGGCCGGAAGGAGCUGGAAGGAACGCAGCAGAUGUUGCAGAAUAUCAAGUCUGAGUUGGAGGUGGCACAGGGAGAUCUGACCCGGACGCAGAAGGAUAAAUUUAUGCUUCAGGCCAAAGUGUCAGAACUGAAGAACAACAUGAAGACUCUGCUGCAGCUGAACCAGCAGCUCAAGCUGGACCUCCGCCGAGGCGCGGCCAAGAUGAGAAAGGAGCUGAGAGGCGAGGCCAGCCCUUCCGGCCCCGCCACACCCAUCAAGAUCCCCGACUGCCCCGUCCCAGCCUCACUGCUGGAGGAGCUGCUGCGGCCCCCCCCUGCCGUGAGCAAGGAGCCCCUCAAGAACCUCAACAGCUGCCUCCAGCAGCUCAAGCAGGAGAUGGACAGCCUGCAGCGCCAGAUGGAGGAGCACACCUUCACCGUGCACGAGUCCCUGUCCUCCUGGACCCCGGCGGAGGGCCGCCUCUCGGACCCAGCCACUGCGGGCCCUGCCCUCCUGGGGGACCACGCCAACCCCCAGGGCGACACGCAGACACACAGUCAGAGCAGGGCUUCCAAAGAAGGACCGGGACAGUGACUGCCGCAGCCUCACCACCAGGUGUCUGUAACUGUGGAAAGGAAUACUCUUUUGUCAAUAUUAUUUAUUUGAUUGUG